GGAGAGAAAAUGUUGCUCCGCUGGUGGAGAAUGUCAUUAGUGGCACAUCAAUGGGUAGACUGAUUGUUCAGCCAACAGGCUGUGGUGAGCAGACCAUGAUCCGCAUGACCCUGCCUGUCAUUGCAACCACGUAUUUGGACAGAACCAACCAGUGGGAAACUGUGGGCUUUCAAAGACGUGAUGAAGCCAUCCACUUGGAAAUACUAGAAUCGAAAAAGUGGUGUUUUUGUUUCUGGACCUAUUUUUUUGCCUGCAGCUCCUGGCUGACAGCAUAUGUUGUCAAGGUGUUUGCCAUGGCCUACGAUCUGGUGGCAAUAGACAAUGAUGUGAUCUGUAAUGCUGUCAAGUAUUUGAUUCUCAACACACAACAACCUGAUGGCAUGUUUAGAGAAGUUGGUAAUGUGUGGAUGUACGAUGUAGCAAUGACUGGUGAUGUUCGGGGCUCAGAUUCAGAUGCCUCCAUGACGGCCUUCUGCCUCAUCACUAUGCAGGAGUCACGCAAAAUAUGUGCUGACACUGUUAAUGUGAGUCCCUCACCUUUGUCUAAAGGACGUGCCCGUAUCAUUUCAAAAUAUGAGAUGGACACACUUCUCUCAGAAAAAGGCUCACUCAUCAUCUACCUGGACAAGGUUUCUCACAAGCAAUCAGAAGAGAUCACAUUUAGGAUCCAUCAAACGAUGAACGUGGGUGUCUUACAGCCAGCUGCUGUGUCUGUCUAUGAGUAUUAUGACCAAAAACACUGUGUGAAAUUCUACCAUCCAGAGAGGAGAGCUGGACAGCUGAUGCAGCUCUGUAGGAAUGAUGAAUGUACAUGUGCUGAAGAGAACUGCAGUAUGCAGAAGAAGGGCAAAAUCAGCAACGAUGAUCGCACAACUAAACUUUGUGAGAGCACACAGACCAGCAAAAUAGAUUAUGUGUACAAAGUGGCAGUGGAAGGUUUUACAGAUGGGUUAUCCACUGACAUUUACACAGUGCGCGUACAGGACGUCAUCAAGGAAGAGCCAGGCUAG